UUAACUCCCCACUCCAUCUAAUUUUCCCCCCCUCAUCCUUCCUUAAGCUUCAUCACCGUGUCGUCGACGCAUCGUAUAAGACCAAUACAAGUAAUCAAUUGCUACGAUAGCUACAUUGUUUUUUUGAUAAAUUUUAUUCGUUGCUACUUCUUAUUUCUGCGACGCGAUUGACUCAACAUCGAAACUUCAUCGAGGACGCCGUGGUCAAAACCAAUAUCCUCGACGCGCUGUCAAACAAAAAAAAAGCCCACGUCAACCAUAAACGAUAUAAACGCGUCUCCACUAUUGAAUUCACUUAAUAAAAUAUACAUCUUUUCGCGCGAGGGCGCUCUACUCUCCUUGCUAUCAUCAUGUUUUAUUCGGAGACUUUGUUGAGCAAGACGGGGCCUUUGGCUCGUGUCUGGCUUUCGGCGAAUUUAGAGCGCAAGUUGUCGAAAAAUCACAUCUUACAAGCUAGUGUCAAGGAUAGUGUUGAAGCUAUAGUCACACCUAAUCAAGCACCAAUGGCUUUACGUCUGAGUGGUCAACUAUUGCUAGGAGUUGUGAGGAUUUACAGUCGAAAAGCGCGUUAUUUACUUGAUGAUUGUAAUGAAGCUCUUAUUAAAAUAAAAAUGGUAUGUUGUGUCUCAAAAUCCUCAACGCAAAUACUAACUCUUCCUACCUAGGCCUUUCGUCUUUCCGGUAAUAAUGAUAUUCCUGCCGGACUCCAUAUGCCUUCUCGAGAUGCUCUUAUGCUUCCGGAUAUGCUCACCGAAGGAGAUAACCUUGAAAUGCCACCAAUGCCCGAUGCUUCAUUCCUUUUCUCCCAGCUAGACGAAGACUCGGCAUUGGGUCGCAAGCGACGAGGGGCUAGCCGUGAUAUUAACUUGCAGGACGAGUUUAAUAACAGCCAGUUCUUACAAAAUAGUGUCGAAGAUAAUAGUAGGGACGAGGAUGAACUUGCCCUGGAGCCUUUGGAUGAUGAUCUUGAUUUGGGCCUUGAUUUUGGACUAGACGAUAUAAAUCCCAAGACCGCUGCAGCGGAUAGAUCUGGAGCUGAUAUCAGUCUUGAAUUUGGACGAGAUGCACCAGCUGCACGAGCAGUUGAAGACGAUCUACUCAGCGAGUUGGACAUUCAACCACGAGCAAAGGACGUUUUCGAUGAUGGAGAUCGUGAAACUUCUAUCAAUCUCGGAUUUGGUAAUGAUGAUGGUGGUUUUCAGAUUGGCGAUGACGAUGGAGAUAUUGACAUGCUCAAUAUUGGUGGGGAGCCAGAUAUUUCUGCCAUUCCACGUGCCCCUGAACUUGAGCGCGCUCGAAUCUCUGAGUCGCCACUUUCCGAUAUCGAUGAGACCAUUGUUGCCGAAGUCGAGGCAGAUCAACAACGCCGAGAAGAAUCAGGAAUGUUUGCACCCGAAGAUGAGACGGAACAAUCAAUAUUCCGUCAACCAGCUCAACGUGCUAGGAAAUUCAAACCUUUGAUGCCUGACGAUGACACUACCAUUUCUAAGCACGCUAUUCAAGAGUUGCAGAAAAACCACGAUGCUAUCUUACGCCCACAGUCAUUCCUUCCCCGAGAUCCUCAACUUUUGGCAUUAAUGGAAAUGCAAAAGAAUGGUGGUUUUGUUUCCAAUAUCAUGGGUGAAGGACGAAGUAUAGGUUGGGCACCCGAACUUCGUGGAAUGCUUUCCCUCGAUGCGGUUCGUAGGACAGGGGAGAAGCGUAAGCGGGACAGUGGUAUUACGGAUAUGGAUGAACAAGAACAAGGUGCCAAUAAAUCACCGCGCUUGGAUUUAGGUGAGGAAGAGGACCUCGGUGCGAAUCUUGCUGGUGAUGCUGCAUUGGGUCGUGAUGAGACAAUGAUUGCUGCUGAUGGUACAAUCAUUGAAAUGGGACGUGAUGACGAAUUUAAUAUCAACAUUGAUGAUGACGAGCACAACGCCACAACUGGUUUACGGGAUGAUCGUAGUGCAAGUCCAGGCAACCAAUUUGAUGAAACAACCGCACCUCUCGUCCACCCUGCAGAUAGUGGACCCGUGUCACUUGGUACGACUCACGCUGUUCAUCUUCUUCGUGAACGAUUCGGUGACGAGGCAGCCAACAGUCCAGAUAAGCGCAAGAAAGCCAGUGUUCUUUUCCAGGAUUUAUUACCAGAAGGUACAACAAGCAAAGCUGAUGCCACUAAAAUGUUCUUUGAGGUUUUAGUUCUUGCAACUAAAGAUGCUGUCAAGGUUGAGCAACAAGAGCACACACUAGGUGGACCAAUUCGUGUUAGAGGCAAAAGAGGUCUUUGGGGUGCUUGGGCUGAAAGAGAAGCUGGUGGUGAAAUUGCCGAAGAGAAUGUCGCUGGACCUUCAAAUACCGUACCUUUAUUAGAAGCAUCGAGAAUGAUCUCAGUUUCUGCCUAAGAAGGGAAUGGCUUGUUGUAUGAGUACAUUAUUGCAUUUAAGGAAAACGGAAGGCUGGCCUAGCAAUUGGCGUCAAGGUAAAUUUUUCUAUAGGCAAAGCUUUCAGUUUAUGAAUCUGGCGUUUUGAGACUUGAUAUCCUGGCGUUAUUCGAAGGCUUCGAAGUCCCAGUCUGAUUGAUGAUUGGGAUUUGUUUGGGUACAGCAUGGGAAAUUGAUGGAUUCAAAUGUAUAAAUAAAAAAUCUCAAUGUCCAUGA